AUGGGCAUCGGCCGCGACAGCCGACACAAGCACUACAAGACCGGCGGUCGCAGCAAGACUUCCAUCAAGAAGCGUAAGUAUGAGAUGGGCCGCCCUGCCACGCCCUGCAAGCUGGGCGCCAAGCGUGUGCGCCGCGUGCGCUGCCGGGGCGGCAACAUGAAGUACCGUGCCUUGCGCUUGGACAGCGGCAACUAUGCCUGGGGCUCUGAGAAUGUGACCAAGAAGGUGAGGAUCUUGGAUGUGGUCUACAACGCCACCAGCAACGAGCUCGUCCGUACCAAGACACUGCUGAAGAACACCGUCGUGCAGAUUGAUGCCCAUCCAUUCAUGCAGUGGUACUUGAAGAAAUAUGGUAUGGAUGUCGGCAAGAAGAAGAAGGGUGCACAGAAGGAGGAGAAGGCUGAGGAUGAGACCAAGCGUUCUCGCCACGUGAUCUUCAAGCAGAAGGCCAGGGCCUCCAAGACCAAGCUGGAGCCAUGGUGCAAGUUGCUGGCUGUCAGGCUAUUGUUCAAUCCAUCCUUGGUCGAUCCUGAGAUAUCCUAA